GUCCUCGUUCCCAUACCGCUUGCCGCGUAUCAUCAACUUUUCCCGUUGUGGCUCGUAUCCUUGAAUUAAGGAUCAUAGCCACAAAGGAAGAACUUUUACCAUUGCUGGAUCACAGGGUGCAGAAAUAUGAAAUUCUCCUCAAGUCUGUGUGCUCAACACCUAGGGCGAAUGAUAAGAAGGCAUUGGUACAUUCAAGGAAAUCGUCCAAUUCUUGAUACUCCCACCGAAAGUUACCUCAAGUCACAGAACAUAGAAAUCAUUGACCCAGAGAUUUUGCUUGUAAAGCCGUUGCCAGAGAGAUUGAAACUGAAUGAACCAUUGAUACCACUGCCUGUUCCAAAUGACAAAACUCAUCCAAACUGGAAAGAGAAACCCUGCCUCUCUUAUCGUGAUCAUAAUGUGUUGCUCGAAGGUGUGGAACAGGCUAAGGUAUUGACUAAAACUGUUGAGAUCGUCGAGGGGCUACCAGAAUCAGUGAAUAAUCUGAUAACGGAGCACGACGAGCGCGUAGAACAGUUGGUCCUAAGGGUAGUGCAAAAUUCAACUAUAUACGAUGCCUAUCAGGAACGUCUUCCUAAACCAACAGAUCCCGAAAGACCAGGAUUUAUCUUUCCAAGACCAUAUGGGAUUUCUGCAUUAAGAAAAGUACGAAACUUAUCACAAAAGCUACUUCAACUAUGCGAAUCUUUGAGCGGUCCUCAAGUAGCGUUUGAAAGAAAUCUAAUACACAAUGGUGUCGUUAGUCUACCAAUUGAAAAAGAUGAGAAGCAGUUACAAUUUGAGCUGAGAGCGGACAUACUUGUGACUUCUUCGAGUCCUUUAAAACCUAUAGCAAGUAAAGAUGAAGGGAACCACAUUCAGUUGUCGAACCUUCAUCCUAUUGAUUCCACAAUCACUUUGGAGAAAGAAAAUAUCUACACCCUUCGGAACUUCUAUCCUAUCGAAAAAAACUCUCAGUGGAUGAACGUGCACACAAUUUUUGCACAUUUUAACCCGCGCGAGGUGAAGAAUAUUUAUGAAACUCCAGUUACUGAGUCACAAAUUCUUGGACGUUCACUGCUCAAAUCAUUCGCAGUAGGCGCAGCAUGUGCUAGACAACGCUUUGGAAAUGAAGUUUCAAGCUUACCAGAGCCUGUAACUAUCCAAUGCAUACAGUCGGAUGGAAAGAUGUUUCACUUCUCAGUUUUGCAAAUUAAUACAUUAGACUUGGAUGGAUCUGGUGGGGAAAAAAAUAUAUGGUGGUCAGCUCCGAAUAUAGAUCUCUAUGAGACAGCUGGUUAUGAAGGUGGCGUACCAAAAGUCCAGAAUUAUAAUCCCGAAGUAUUUAGAAGAAUAUUUGCAUUUUAUAAUAACAAUUAAAUUUUAUUGUAACUCGUAAUAUUUGGUGAAAGUAAGUGUCCUGUGCUACUGGUAUAAAACGGAGCUGUCCCUUUUACCAAAUCACCCGGAUUUAUGGCUUGUAUAUAGUGUCAUUUACUUGAUAUAAAA